AUCUCCUCUCUCUCCCAUCCCAUGCAGACCCCCUACCCGUAAUAUGCAGCUAAAACGGGGGCCACACACACAAGAAGUCCUUGUUUUGUGACCGGUUCUCACGCGGGAUUUUAAGUGUUACAGGCAGACCCCCCACCCCCUCCCAAAAAAAAGUCACGUAAGAGCCGGGGGCGUAAGAGCCGCGGGGGCGACGCUGUUCUCGGUGAUUUCGCAAACAUGGCAGCUGUUUUAUGAGGAGAAAGAUGCAACACAAGAGGAGGUCCUGCGGUGACACAUGCGUACGCAGCAACUAAUAAACAAGGCGAUUGGUAUUUUUAAUCUCGGCGUCUCAAACACAAAGCUGGUUCAGCAUUAGCCAAAGACGGAUGGAUUUUUCUGUCAUCACCCGCCUGCCAAAACGUCCGGGUUAUUUGGGCUUUGUGUGCGCACUCGACUUUCAUCCUAUUAGCGCUUGCUUUUAAUUUGGGAUUAUAUUUAGGUUAUCAUAGUGCCAAUGUAUCUCGUGAACAAUUGAAUGUGACUUUUUAUCCAGUGGUGAAAUAAGAGAGGUUUUGGACAAAGUGACAGCGCACUUUGGGCUAAAGACUUUCCCCACAGUAUCAUAAGAGUAAUGGCGACGUCGGCACCUUCCUCUUCUGGCGACGGUCCGGAUCCCAACUCGACAAAUUUACGACCACCAUCCUCAAGUUAUGACUGGAGUGGGGUUGCACAUGGAUGUACAAGGAAACUGGGCAUGAAAAUAUGUGGGUUUUUGCAGAAGAACAAUAACCUGGAGGAGAAGAGCGGAGUCGUCACAAAUGAACAGCCUACGUCCAAUGAGCGGUUCAGGCACACAGAGACGGACUUCUCCAACCUUUUUGCCAGAGAUUUACUCCCGGCCAAAAAUGGAGAGGAACCCACAAUGCAGUUCAUGCUGGAAGUGGUGGACAUUCUCACCAACUACGUGCGGAAGACCUUCGACAGGACCACCAAGGUCCUGGACUUCCACCACCCCCACCAGCUCCUGGAGGGCAUGGAGGGCUUCAACCUGGAGCUGUCGGACCAGCCCGAGUCCCUGGAGCAGAUCCUGGUGGACUGCAGGGACACCCUCAAGUACGGCGUGAGAACGGGCCACCCCAGGUUCUUCAAUCAGCUAUCCUCUGGCCUGGACAUCAUUGGACUGGCUGGAGAAUGGCUUACGUCCACUGCAAACACCAACAUGUUCACGUAUGAAAUUGCGCCAGUGUUUGUGCUGAUGGAGCAGAUCACUCUGAAGAAGAUGAGAGAGCUGAUUGGCUGGCCCGGCGGAGAGGGAGACGGCAUCUUCUCACCAGGAGGUGCGAUAUCCAACAUGUACAGUGUGAUGGUGGCGCGGUAUAAACACUACCCUGAGAUCAAAACCAAAGGCAUGGCUGCUGCUCCCAGACUGGUCCUCUUCACCUCAGAGCACAGUCACUACUCCAUAAAGAAAGCCAGUGCUGCCCUGGGGUUUGGGACAGAGAAUCUCAUUCUCCUCAGUACAGAUGAGAGGGGAAGAGUGAUUCCAGCUGAUCUGGAGGCAAAAGUCAUCGCUGCAAAGCAGAAGGGAUAUGUGCCUAUGUUUGUAAACGCCACUGGAGGUUCCACGGUGUACGGCGCCUUUGACCCCAUCAACGAGAUCGCUGACAUCUGCGAGAAGUACAACAUGUGGCUCCAUGUGGACGGAGCCUGGGGAGGAGGUUUACUGAUGUCCAGAAAGCACAGACACAAGCUCAGUGGAGUUGAGAGGGCCAACUCUGUGACGUGGAACCCCCACAAGAUGAUGGGAGUUCCUCUGCAGUGUUCCGCCAUUCUGGUCCGGGAGCGGGGUCUGCUGCAGGGCUGCAACUCCAUGUGUGCUGGCUACCUGUUCCAGCCAGACAAACAGUACGACGUCAACUACGACACCGGGGACAAGGCCAUACAGUGCGGCCGACACGUGGACAUCUUCAAGUUCUGGCUCAUGUGGAAGGCAAAGGGAACAGAGGGGUUUGAGAGGCACAUAGACCGAUGCCUGGAGCUGUCGGAGUAUCUCUACAACAAGAUCAGGACUCGGGAGGGCUAUAAGAUGGUGUUUGAUGGAACGCCCCAGCACACUAAUGUGUGUUUCUGGUACAUUCCCCCCAGCCUGAGGGGCAUGGCUGAUGGCGACGAGCGCAGUCAGAGAUUGCACAAGGUGGCCCCCAAGAUCAAAGCGAUGAUGAUGGAGUCGGGCUCCACUAUGGUGGGCUACCAGCCGCAGGGCAACAAGGUCAAUUUCUUCCGCAUGGUCGUGUCCAACGCGGCCGCCACGCGCUCCGACAUCGACUUCGUCAUCGACGAGAUCGAGAGACUGGGAAACGACUUAUAAAAGUCCCGUGAGGUUGCACUUUUAUUUUAAUGUUGUUUUAAAAAACUUACAGUUAACACACUCCAGCAUUCACACUUUCAUAUUGACUUUCUCAUAGAGAAGAUCACACGACAGGAACAUGAUAUUUAAAGUUCAAGCCUUUUUAUUUUAAUAUCAAAGUAUCUCGAGCUAACUCAGACACUGACUUUAUCUUUGCUCAGAGAGAGACCAAUAGCUUUAUCAAGGUUUCAUUUCAAUUGCUCAUGUAUGUAUGUGUUUUGUUAAUAGAUUAAAUCACUUUCUUGCAACCAGUUAUCGCUAACAAAAGUUAAAGAAUCACUAACGCACUCUACUAUAGAGAGUAUUCGUUUUAUUCAUUUAUUUGUUGGUCGAUUUCAUUUCUUGCUGCCAGUUCCCGCUUGUCCGGCUGGUUGAGAAAGCGAGGCAGGAUGCUCCCUAUCAUUCCAAAAGGAAAUACCAAUCGAUUCUGACCAAAACCUUGUAGAGUGAACUUAAAUAUUUGUGCUGCUAACGUUCCAACAAGGGCGAAGCAAGGAGAGAAUGUAUCGGUGACAACAGUUUCACGUUAAAGUGUAAAGCACAUAAUCCGAAUUUAUAUUGUUAUGCAAAUAUCAUUUUAACUUUGAAGUCAGGGAUGUAGCAAAGAGGGGUGUUGGGUGUUUACUUAUGAGCCCCAAAUGACAAAUUAUCUGAAAAAAAAAACUGCCCAGUCAUUUGAUACGAGCUCCGUGCAAUAGAUUGUUGGUAAUAGGCUGUGCAUUUGUGUCAAAUACAAAUAAUGUCAUUCAACUGAACGGCAAAUGUCUAUUCCAGUUUUCGUCUGGCUUGUUAUUUGUUUUCGCUAUAUGAAUGUUACUGUUGUAAUCUGUCUCGUUGUGUCCUCUGGAGGGGUUAAGACAGAGUCAACGCCACAGAAUGAACUGUAUGGAUUCAUCUGCGGCACCGAAGCAGAACGUACAGCAGAGUCCAUCAGAGCAGUGGGAGAGGACUCUCUCAAUCGUGCUAUUUAACCACGGAGAUCGACUGAGCAUCAGUACCAUUUAGUCGUUUAAAUGCUUGACUGAGUUCUCCCAUGUAACUGAUGAGUUCCCUACACUUUGGACGUGACGACCAACACACUGGAGAUUGGAUUAGACGUAGGGGUAGAUUAUUAUGUUUAUUAUGUAGUGUCCACACUGGUGCUGUACGUGUUGUCUAUGUGUCUUAUUACUGGAACCAGAGGCACCAUAGGAUAGCUGUUGUCGUCGUCGUCGUCGUCCCCGACCUUCACUGUAAGGACGAGGGGAAUGUUGUGCUGUUUGUGCUGUAUCUGCAGUCAGUGUCACAAGUAUGUCCUGUCCCAGAACUCACUGCGGUGACAAGCGAGCCAGACCUGGCCCGUGUCUGGCCGGAUCGGAGCCAGAUGUGGGCCAGAUGUGGGCCACGUCGGCUCCAGUGUCGGCUCCGUUCUGGGGCCGCUGUGUUUUUAGAGAUACUAAAUUGUGUGUCGAUUGUUGUACAGUGUUACGCAGACCUCUGUGACCAACUUUUUUUUUUUUCAACACGAAAACUUGAAACAGGCCCUAUUGACCACAUUGCAACUAUUUAACACGAUGAAUAUUUAUAACAUGAAAUCAAAUAUGAAUGGGACUUAUGUUGACUUUUGCUCCAUUUGUAUUUUUGUUUAUGUAUAUUUCAAAAGACAUUAUGACCGUGAAAGACAUAGUUGGUAAUUAUUAAAGCGAAAUUAUGUGUAUUUGUGGACCAAAGAAGGUGAAUUCAACCCAUGUACGGACGCCAUUGUACAAAUGCAAAUCCUCUGUUACUGAAUAUGUUAAAUAUUCAUGUAGAAAUCUAUAAACUGACACCUGUAACCUUAGUGCAAUCUAUGUGUGGUGAGAUUGUGAUUUCGUCACUGCUAACUUAAUGAAUCGAAUGUUGGGGUUAGGCCUAUGGUAUUAAUUCUUGCAGUGGAAAGAAGAUUAUAAAGUGAAAAGCACAACAGAUGAGCUGAGAUAUGCAGAUCGUGCAUUAAGUCAGUCGGUUUGUUCAUUAUUGAUACGUAUAUUGAAUGUAUGAAGUAUGAGCUGUACAUCACAAUGUAUGUGACUACAUAACUUAAUGAAGGGGGCCAAAACUAAUAAACAUAUCGUGACAGGAA